ACUCGACGUGACUCUAAUACAUCAGCAUUCUCGGUCCUUUGUUCUCUUCGACCUCCAUCUCAAGAACAAAAAUCAUCAUGGCGACGAAUGAUGCUGCAAACGACGAUGAAUGGGCCAAGGCCGAAGGCGUCCCUAGCCUAAGCGACCCUUUCAUCCAACAAUACCUCCAAGGCCGUGAUGCACUGGUGCAGCAAGAGAAGAGACAACGAAGUGACUACCUCUUUCGCCAAAAUCUAUCGCCUAUGGCCCAGGAAGCGUGCGCUAUCGUCUCUCAGAUCCGUUUCGAGGAGCAACAAACGCUUUGGACCAAAGAUUAUGAGGACAGCCUGCUGACCGAUCAUGUCGAUGUCUUCCCGGGAAUGAUGUUCUCGCUUGCCAAAGAGCGCAUGGAGAAGAGCAAGUUAUGGCAGAUCGUCAAGAAGAUGCCAAAGGGCGCACUACUGCAUUGCCACUUGGAAGCCAUGGUCGACCUUGACUGGGCCAUCGAAGAAGCUCUCAAUACCGAAGGUAUUUGCGUAGUUGCUGAUGGCCCGAUCACCGACAGCCAGACCAGGCGCAAAACCGGCUUCUCUUUCACUUACUCCAAAGACGCCAAAACCGAAAUGUCGAUCUGGGACGACGGCUACGCUGCCAAGACCCCAAUACCCGUGAAUCAAGCCGCAGACAGUUUUCCAGACGGUGGAAAAGCAGCGUUUAUCGAGUGGAUCCGCUCCCGCGUCACCAUCACUGCAUCCGAGCAUCUCUCCCACCAUGAGGGGCCCAACGAAGUGUGGCGCAAGUUCAUGUCGUGCUUUCCUAUACUCGGAUCUCUGAUCUACUAUGAGCCUAUUUUCCGCAAAUUCAUCCGCAGAAUGUGCAAAGCCUUGGUCGACGACGGCGUAUACUAUGUCGAUCUACGCUCAGCUUUCUAUACGCCCUACCGUAGUGCGAAGAAGGAGAACUGGGAUGAAGAUUGGUUUAAUAUGCUCGAGCACUUGGCUGAUGAAAUUGAAAAGUUCAAGGCAAGCGAAGAGGGCAAAGACUUCUGGGGUGCAAGGAUGAUUUGGACCACAAUUAGACAAUUUGGAAAGAAGCAGGUUAUCGAGAGUAUGAAACAAUGCAUAGAGAUGAAAUUAGAGUUCCCAGAGAUAAUCGCCGGCUACGACCUGGUUGGCCAGGAAGAUUUAGGCCGUCCGCUCUCUGAUCUUGCUCCUGAACUGUUCUGGUUCCGCAAGGCCUGCGCUCAAGAGGGUGUCGACAUACCGUUCUUCUUCCAUGCCGGCGAAACGCUAGGCGACGGUGAUUCGACUGAUGAAAAUCUUUUCGACGCGAUCAUCUUGGGCACAAGACGCAUUGGACAUGGCUUUAGUCUUUACAAGCAUCCACUGCUCAUCGACAUGGUGAAAGAGAAGAGAAUCCUAGUGGAGAGUUGCCCGGUAUCUAACGAAGUACUGCGGCUAUGUGGGAGCAUCAUGUCCCAUCCUUUGCCUGCGCUUCUAGCCCGCGGCGUUCCAUGCUCGCUUUGCAACGACGAUCCGACCAUCCUUGGCCAAGGGCUAUCUGGUAUGUCGCACGAUUUCUGGCAAGCGCUACAGGGGUGGGAGAAUCUCGGCUUGGAGGGUUUGGGAUCUCUGGCGGAGAACAGCGUUCGUUGGGCGAGUCUAGACGAUUACAGCGCGAAGGAUUGGACCCAGGAUGUGAAGGAUGGCAUGUUUGGAAAGGGUGUGCGCGCACAGAGGUUGAAGGAGUGGGUGAGCAAAUGGGAGAGGUUCUGUGCAUGGAUCGUAGAAGAGUACGGCGUUGAUGAAAACUUAGAACCUGAGGAGUAGCUAUGAAGCUUCGCGUGAGCAUACAUUGAAAAUGUGGCACGACAUAAAAAACAACAAAGAAUACUGCACUAUUACAAGCGAGCUUGGCUACGAUUCUUGCUAGAUGGACAGCAUCCAUAAUGCUAAUUGCUUCUUGACACUUGAUUCUAGUCUACAGAUGAUGAGGUAGGAAAUCGGAUGCCUGCAUGCGUAGACUCUCUCUAUCGCCGGACAUCGAAAUUUCGCGGUAAAUAGCCCCUUCUCAGCGAUGCCUUCUCCCAUCAUGACAGUCGCACUGCUAUGGUCGGUAUCAAAAUGACGACAAUGUAUACUGCAGUCACAGCGUAGUCCGUAUGGAAACGAUCGAUAGGCUGAGU